UUUUGUCGGGGAACAGUAUUAGCGGUAACACACAAUAUGGUGAGCGUCGUUAACACGUCGUGCUAACCCCCAACCCCCCCAAAAAAAUCCUCGGCUGUUGCACGUCAUCUCUCACGCUGAUAGGUUCCACAUAUUGUGCCAACCAAGCUCCCACUUUAUAUUUCAGCGUCUUAUUCCAUCAACAUAUUAACUCUGAUUGAAUGCCCAUGUAGCAAGUAACCAACAUGUCCUCCGAGGAGAAGACUUGGCAGAUCUCAUCUUCAUCUGUUCCUCCCCAUCCUCCCCCACCAUCCUCUCAUUUUGUCGGGAAACGUAAUGACAUCAUCAGGCGUGGCCGUGUGACCAAGCUGGUGAAUGGAUGUCGGGAUAUCCUUGUAGUUUAUCACCACGGGGAGUUCCAUGCCAUGGACAUGCGCUGUUACCAUGCUGGCGGUGCUUUGGAACUUGGAGAUAUUGAGGAAUUCAAUGGCCGCGUGUGCAUCGUCUGUCCAUGGCACAAGUACAAGAUCACACUGGUGGAAGGCGAGGGGCUGUACCAAGCCGUGGAUAACCCCACCGUCAAACCUCUGAUAACUCACUGGCGGUCCAAAGGUGUCAAACAGAGGGUCCACAAAGUUACUGUAGUGAAUGAGGACAUAUACGUCACACUGAAUGACUCCAGAGAGACCAUUGAGUCCGAUUACUACCAAACUGACAGAUACAGGUCCAAUUUACGGAUCCAAAAAGUCAGCUGACAAGAGAAUAUGUCAUGUUUUGUAUGUACUGUACAAUAUGUCUCUUUGCUGUAUUAUGAGAGACACUAUGUUUUAUUCUUGUGGUCAAAUCAUUAUUUUAUGAGUACAGUGGAUACAUACAGUAUACAUGUAGUGGACCAUCACUGUUUGUGGGGAUAGGAACUGGGUUGGCUUACAAAUUGUGAAAAUCUUACAACUGAUGCCUGUUGAAUUGAAGAAAAAAAUACUAAUAAGCUAAUAAUCAUUCAAUAUGCAUUUCCAGGAAAAAUGGGGGGUGGGGGAGG